UUCUUCCAAGAAUUUGAGAAAGAUGACCUUGGAUAUAUAACCCGGUGCAAGAUGCAUGAUGUUGUGCAUGACUUUCUACAAUUUCUAACUAAGAAUGAAUGCUUUGUUUUGGAGGGUGAGGGUGGUAAUAAGAGAAUAAUGGAGUUUAAUGGAGAAAAUAAGGCUCGUCAUUUGACAUUAAUGUUUGCACCUGAAGGUGCAUUUCCGAGUUCCUUGUACAGCUGCAAGAAUUUACGGACUCUAGCAACUUUUGAUUCAAAUAUUAGUACAUUUGGUCGAGAGUUAAUUUCACAGCUAAAAUGCCUUAGAACGUUGAAUCUGAGUUUUAACUCCAUAAAAGAAGUUCCGAAUGAGGUUGGAGAAUUGGCACAUUUGAGGUACUUUGAUUUGUCUUAUAAUGAAGAUUUGAUGAAAUUGCCAGACAGCGUGUGUAAUUUAAUGAAUUUGCAAACCUUGAGACUCAUUUGGUGCAGAACACUUGAAAGAUUACCUGAAGGCAUAGGAAAGCUGAUUAACUUGCAGCAUCUUUAUGUCAUGGGUUGUUUUCGUCUGAAGUUGCCCAAGGUGAUUGCAAGGUUAACAAGUCUACGAACGCUAGAUCAAGUUCGCAUCCUUGAGGUUGAUAACAAGAAGGAAGUAUUAUUCGGGUUAAGUGAUUUGAGAAACUUAGACCAGCUUCGUGGGAGUUUCCGAAUAGAAUUUCUGGAGAAUUUGAAGGACGCGAGGCAGGCCGAGAAAGCGCAUUUGGUGAACAAAAAUUGCCUCGUCAGUCUGGAAUUGCGCUUCUUCUUUGGUGGAACAGAUGAGAUUCCUCUUGUGGCAAGCCAGGAAGAAACACUGAAUGCCUUACAACCACCUCCAAAUCUGGAAUCCUUCUCUCUCUAUCACUACAGUGGCACCACACUCCGGCCCCAUUGGAUGACGUCAUUAAACAAAUUGAGAAUCCUUACCCUCGGAUAUUUCGAUUAUGUUGAGGUUUUGCCUCCUUUGGGGAGAUUGGAGUCCCUUGAAGUAUUGGAGAUACAAGAUUGGCCGAGCUUGAAAAAGGUGGGGGUUGAGUUUUUGGGAAUAGAAACGCAAACAUCAUCUCCAAUUAUUUUAUUCCCAAAUUUGAAAAAACUUGUAUUCGAGUUUUUGCCCAUGUGGGAAGAGUGGGAAGGAAUGACAGGGUGGAGUGAAGAAGAGGAUUCUCAGAAGACAAUCACAAUAAUGCCCUGCCUUUCUUCCUUACAAAUUGGUUAUUGCGGUUUGCUUAAAACACUGCCCAAUUUCUUACGAAAUACACCGCUCAAGGAGCUUGUCAUCGGUUUCGGCUGUCGGAUUCUUGCACAAGGUUGCCAAAAAGGCAGAGGAGGAAGCGAGUGGCCCAAGAUUUCUCACAUCCCGAACAUCAAAGUUUGGAUCGGACCAAGUGGCGAAUUUGUACAAAAAGACGGAGUUUGGAUCGGACAACAGCAAACUGAUGAUGAUGAGACGCUAAGUGUCGCUUCCACCUCUUCUUCUUCUGGAGUAAACUUGGGACACAAGUCUACCUUGAACUCGAACAUGAAGAUGAAGACACGUACUCCACGCCUUAAUUCCAGCAGCUGAAGCUUUUUUUAUGGCAUUCAAAGAGGGAAGAUCUGGAAGUGAAGUCUCAUUUGAGUUCACCUUUGUACAGUAAUGAAAAUAAUUAUAAUAUCCGAUAUGCAUGUAUAUAUGUAAUUAUGAUCUCUGUUGAGAUGUUGUUAUAUAUCACUCUCAUCUGAAAUGUCAGAUAUGUACAUUAAUAGCCAAUAAUUCAAUCAUGAACUCUUCAUA